AUGACAUUCUCCCGUGUGCUUGCAGGAGUAAGUUGCGUCGGGGAGAACGGGGAGUUGGCCAAUUUGACGGAGUGCCUGCGAUGGGCCGGUCCCCUGCCCCCUCAGAUCAGAGAGUGCCAGGUGGCUUGCAAGGAUGACUGCACUCUAACUGCAUGGUCCAAGUUCUCUGAGUGUGCUGGAUGUGGCAGCUCACGAACCCGAAAGCGCUCACUCACAGGUCGCAGCAAAAAGAAGGAGCGUUGCCUGAAUGAGGAGUUGUAUCCGCUGGAAGAGACACAGACUUGUCCUUGUGAUGAGUUUUUAUCUCAGCCGCAUGGGAACUGGUCAGCGUGCAUCCUACCAGAUCCUUCAACUCUCGUGUCACUGCAGGGUUGGAUGAGCUACCGGGAGGUAAAGGAGUGUGGCCAAGGUCUGCGCUAUAAAGCGGUGGCCUGUAUUAGCCAGCAGGGACACCUGGUCAACCCCAUGCUCUGCACAGACUCAGGUUACACCGUGGAGGUUUGCCACAUUCCUUGCCCCCUUGACUGUAAGCUCAGUGACUGGUCAUCCUGGUCAGCUUGCAGUGCGUCUUGUGGCAGCGGGCUAAAGAUCAGAUCAAGAUGGCUAAGGGAGAAAGCUUUCAAUGGGGGACGCCCAUGCCCCAAGCUGGAUUUGAAGAACCAGGUAAGGCUGGCAUCGGCACUAUGA